AUGAUUGUAGGUCUAAUUGACACAGAACUUACACUGUUGAAAGCAGCUGGCAGUCCUUACACAUUAGGACUCUCAAUUUUGCUACGACUAGAGGAGGUCCUUGAAUGGUGUCCUUACACCUGUCUCCACAAUGCUUAUUCUGGAGGGAUCGUCUCCUGGAUAGAACCUGGGCAUUUACUGGUUAUCCUGCUUCAUCCCAUUUCAGAAUGCCCUUCCUCUGCUUGGAUUCCAUUUGGCAGUAACUGCUAUAUUUUUCUUCAAGGCACAUUAAAGGAAUUGAACGAUAUUGAUGAUGCCAGGGAUCUCUGUAAAGGCAAUGCUUCUGGAGCAGAUAUUAUUAGUAUAAAAAAUAAAGAGGAGAAUACCUUUAUUCAAGAAAUAUUCAAAAAGCACUGGCAAGGCACUGAUGAUAUUUCGUUGGGAAUGUUCUUUGACACAGAUGAUAAUGCUUUUAAAUGGUUUGACAAGUCAGAAAUGAAAUUUACUAAUUGGAUUGAGGAGGAGAGCAAUGAGGAGCUCCUGAAUACAUGUGCUUCUAUGUACACUAAGUCCGGGCAAUGGAGAAAAAUCAGUUGCGAAGAUCUUCCUCUGACAGGGACCCUUUGUAAAACAGCCUUUGCAUAUGAAAAAAAAUACUUACCAGAUAAAACUGCCUUGACUACCACCUUGGUCAUAAUUUUUACUAUAGUUGUGACAGUUUCUGCAGCAUUAUUUUGGUUCCUGUACAAAAGAAAUACUUCUUCAGGAGCUUUAUGUAUAAUCCACCAUUCAACAGUGGAAACACCAUACAGUGAUGAAACUGUUCUAGUAGAUGAAGAAAAUGAGUAUAGUGCUUAAAAUUAUACAUUUUUAUUUAAAAGUCAAAAAGUGACAUCCAUACUUAGGCUUUAGUCCUGUAAUCAACACUGCACAUGCAUAACUUCACUUGUAUAAUAAUAAUGUGCUAGUUGUUAGGACACAGAUUGAGAAGACAGACUAAAAAGGGGUAUUAUCCAUUGGGCUGUCAGAUUUCAUAUUUGUAAAUUCUGCCCAAAUAUACUUAACGUCUCUGGAAAUAGAAUGUGAGUUGGUCUUUGUGAAGUGUCAUUCUGACAAGAGCAAGAAUUUAAUUAUGCCACAAAACAUUAAGAUUUCAAAAAUUCUGCAAAUUUCUACUACUGAGGUUUUAAAUGAAGUUGCUUCAUGUGUGUUCAUGACUGGUUUUCAUUCCUGUGACUAUUUUAGCAAAUAAAUCUUUGAAAGAUUAGCUGAAUUUAAAUAAAUAGUGUAGAAAGAAAAAACGUGUAUUUGCACUGGAAACUUAAUUCUAAAAACUUCCAGACAGUUCACAAGAAUGAGUCACGUGACCUACAUCCAGUCAAAAAUCUGAACUUCAAACCAUUCACACUCAUGAAAAUGGUAAAAUAUUAACUGUUGUCAAAACGUUCAUUUCAGCUGUAACUGAACAAGUUUGCAAAUUAUCUACAAACAAUUUGAAAGAGGGAGGUGAAAUGGCUCAAAUUUAUUUGCCCUGUCCGAAUAGGCAGGUGGACAGACCUUUAAUGUUGCAUGGAAAUCAUGAGGCUUCUGUACAGGAACAGGAGUCUGCUUCUACUGAUCAGGUUUUAGAAUCUAUUAUUUAUGCCCAUGCUUAUUUGAUUGCAAAAUUUGACCUCUAUGCCAUGCAUUAUAUAGUUGUCCUUUUGGGCAAACUGUUUGCCAAGAUCCCUUUAUUUGACUAAUUUGCAACUAUUUUAAUACAUAAAACUAAAUUGAAAGAUUGCUGUGUACAUGUGUACUCUGUUGCUACAACUGUGCUUUACCCAGACUGCAAAAAGACCAAAAUCCACAGCUCUGUGAAGCAAGGGAAUUGGUUUUAAGUCAGUAAAUUAUGUUGAUAACAUGGUAAGGAACAAACUAUGUAUAUACUGUAAGCUUCCUUCAGAACUUAAUGGAAUUAAAUCUGUAUUUUGUGAGCAAAAACUGGACUGGAACUACAGUGAAAAGGAGGCUAACUUUAUUCUUUAUUGAUAUAAAACAUACUGGGAGCAGUAGAUAAUAAAGUCAUUUUUUUGCAUUC